AUGACUUCGAAUCCAGUUGGUGGAUUUCUUGAGGGAAAAAUCGAUGGGAAGUCAUUUCUCAGAUACACAUUCUUCUUAUCUCAAACAGACACCACAACCGGUGUUGGGGACGACGGCGAGCCUCUUUUCCUCUGUCCUACUUUACGUCUCAAAGUUGUAAAGUUAAAACCAUACACGAGAGUUUCAGAUCAAAGCUUUCUCCCUUUGGUUGUUUCCCCUCUCUUCAUACAAAGCGAUGAUCAUGAUGAGCAACAACAACCCGAGUAUAUGCUUCAUUCUGACAGCUUCCAUCAAGAUUGUAUCUAUUUCCCUUAUGUCAUUAAAAUAUCUCGUCACCACCACCGUAUCUCUUAUACAUCCUCUCUUCCAUCCGGAACAUGGUCUUGCGGAGUCUGUCGUCAUAAGGUUGACACCGACUAUAGUGCCUACUCUUGCAACAAGUGCGAUGACUAUUUUGUUCAUUCAAGAUGCGCCUUGCGAGGAGACUUAUGGGAUGGGAUAGAACUCGAUGGAGUACCUGAAGAGCCUGAGAUAGUUGUCGAGCCGUUUAUAACGAUAUCUGAUGGAGUAAUACUCCAUUUUGCUCAUGUCCAUAAUCUGAAACUCGAGAUCAGUAGAGUCUACGACGAAGGAAAGGUUUGUCAAGCGUGCAGCCUUCCGAUCUACGAGGGUAGCUAUUAUUCAUGUAUGGAUGAAUGUGACUUCAUCCUCCACGAAGCAUGUGCAAACGCAUCUUGCAAGAAACAUCAUGCUUUGCAUCCUCACCCACUUACGCUAAAGGUCGUCACUAGUGAAUAUGAUGACAACAUAGGACGUUUUUGUUGUAAUGCUUGUCAGCGUGAAAGCUGUGGUUUCGUCUAUGAGGAUUUCAGAGAAAAGAAUGGUGUGCUACCUUACCAUACAAGGCAAUGUAUAAACAUGACAAACAUUUCCUCAAAUUUUACGAGGCCAAAGAGGCAAAUGAUCAUUCAGAGUGGUGUGAUGUAUGCGAAAGAAAAAUAG